GCAUCCCUUGCUACAGGGCCCAGACAAAACAAUGGCAUUUUCUAUGAAAUUCGCACAUACGAUGUUAAGCCGUGGAAGAUGAAGGAGUUUGUGGAAAUCAUCAACAAGUAUAUUCACCUUCGCACAGCUCACUCUGAGCUGGUGGGUUUCUGGUCUGCGGAGCUGGGAGCAAUGAAUAAGGUGGUCCACAUUUGGAAGUACGAUAAUUUUGGCCACAGAGCAGCAGUCCGGCAUGCGUUGGCCAAUGACAAAGAGUGGCAGGGAAAACUCAUUGACUCGAUUCUCCCCUUCGUAGAAAAGCAGCACAAUGAGGUUGCUUAUCUGGUACCCUGGUGUCAGCUUGGGAAGCCUCCAAAAGAAGGGGGAAUAUACGAAUGGGUUACUUUCCAGAUGAAGCCUGGUGGGCCAGCAUUGUGGGGUGAAGCAUUUCAAGCUGCAACCAAUGCUCACAUCAACACAGGCUACACCAAGCUGAUCGGUGUUUUCCACACAGAGUAUGGAUUACUUAACAGAGUCCACGUGUUGUGGUGGAAUGAGAGCCCAGAUCAGCGGGCAGCAGGAAGGCACCGUGCCCAUGAAGACGCCAGAGUGGUAGCAGCUGUACGGGAGAGUGCCAGAUUCUUGGAGUCCCAGCAAAAUGUGCUCCUGAUUCCUCUGCAAUGCUCACCGCUGAAGUGA